GUUUUGGGCGCAGUUGCAAAAGUUACGUGAAAAGGCAAAGGACAACCGUUACUUUUAUACCUCCCUGCGAGUCUGUUUGUGUGUCUGUGUGCGGAGAAAGCAUUAAGUUAACAAGCAAAAGAAAACCAUUUAAUAACCCCAAACUAAGCCAGUUUUAAGCUUAGUGUGCAAAUAUGAAAAAGACUGCGAAAGGUUCACAAAUUAGCUUAGCCAGCAAAAGAAGAAAAGUCUAAGGAUACACCACAAAAAAACAAACAUAAAAUACAUCAACAACAACAACAACGGCGGCUCAAUUGUCACAAUGAAUAACGCCAGCUGAAGAAGACGUAAUCGGUUCAUUGGCCCCCGAAACCCGUAGUCUAGAGCCCCAUCGCUGAGGACUGGGAGCGGUCACCAUGCGACGUCCGAAAAUAUCCCUCAAGAAGUACUUCUAUUUCACACUGAUCUGCGCCCUCCUCCUCAUUUUCGUUUUCAAUCUCAAGGAGAGCGAAUUAUGGAAGACGCGGAGUUCCCGAUCGUCACAAAUAACCACACAGCAGCAGCACCAUCAGCAUCUGCACCAACUGCAGUCCAUGGACGAGGAGCAUCCAGUGGCCACCAGUUCCACGCCGGCGCCAGUUGCACCCACUGUGCUCCCCGAAGUGGCGGAUAAUCUCGUCGAGGAGCCGGAACAGGCGGUUCUGGAGGAGGAGGAGACGGAGGCGGAUCGGCAGCAAGAGCCGCCGGUGGAGAAGGCCUGGUUCUUCAAGAACGGAGAGUACUACCCAAAGCCAGCCAGGACCUACAGCAAUCGCAAGGCCAGGAAGCGCCAUGCCCCGCGUCUGCUGCCCCACCAGGAUCCCUAUUCCGAUCGGAUCGUUAACCAGCUGAUGUACGUGCCGCAUAACUACGAGGAGAUCAAGUCCAGCGGCAAGCUGAAGACCAUCCUCCUCUACAAUGGACUGGGUCCGUGGAACGUGAAGAAGGGCCGCGACGUCUUCCUGAAAGCCAAGUGUCCCGUGGACACCUGCGAACUGACUGCCAAUCGCGAUCUGGCCAGCUCGGCCGACAUGAUCCUCUACAAGGACCACUACAUCCCCACGGGCAUCCGGCGGCCCAACAAUUCCAAGCAGGUCUCCAUGCUCUACUACCUGGAGUGUCCGUAUCAUACCCAGAACGUGAAGGUGCCCGAUGCCAUCAAUUGGACGGCCACCUACAGACGGGACAGUACUAUUGUUGCGCCCUAUGAAAAAUGGCAGUACUACGAUACAAAGGUGCAGCAGCAGGAGCAGGAUAUCAACUACUCCGUCAAUAAGACCAAGAAAGUGGCUUGGUUUGUGUCCAACUGUGGAGCGAGGAAUGGCCGGCUUCAGUACGCCCAUGAACUGCAAAAGCACAUCGAGGUUGACAUCUAUGGGGCUUGUGGCAACUUCAAGUGCUCGCGGAGCACGGCGGACAAGUGUUUUGAGAUCCUGGACAACGACUACAAGUUCUACCUGGCGUUUGAGAACUCCAACUGCAAGGACUACAUCACAGAGAAGUUCUUCGUAAAUGCGUUGAACAGAAGGGUUCUGCCCAUCGUGAUGGGGGCCCGGCCGGAGGAUUACGAGGUGAGUGCCCCACGGAGGUCGUACAUCCACGUAGACGAGUUCGCCUCGCCCAAGGAGCUGGCGGAGUAUCUGCGCAUCCUGGAUCGCGACGACGAGCUGUACAACUCGUACUUCAAGUGGAAGGGCACCGGGGAGUUCAUCAACACGUACUACUGGUGCCGGGUGUGCGCCACGCUCCACAACGAGGAGCAGCUGAGGAAACCCCGGUGGUACACGGAUCUCAACGACUGGUGGCGGGGACCCGGAGUCUGCACGACGAGAUCCUGGCGGAACUUCAAGGCGCGCAAGGAUGUUAUCAGCGACUCCAGCGAUGACUGAGUCCAAGUCCUCGAUGCGAUCCAGAUCGUGGGCAUGGGCUUUCCGUAGAUCACAAGUCAUCAUCAUCAGUGAGUCCCUCGUUUUUGAAUUGCUGUUUCGCAGGUAUCACCAUCUCUACUUUCACUAUCACUAUCCACCGGAUGGGUCUAUUUUAUUUCGAGAAAAAAUGUGCGAUAUAAGGUCUUUAAAUAAUUGCCCUCUUCAUUUUAGAUUCGAAAAAAUGCCAAAUCAAAAAGAAUUCUCAUAAGCUCUCUUAAAAAUAUUCCUUGUCGUCAAGAAUAGUGUAUUUAUAUAGUAGUUUUGGGAUCAAAGAAUCUCUGGAUUAUUUUUCAGAAUCCCAUUAUAUGUCAGUGAAUUCUAGUGAAUGUUUGAUAUUAUCAAACUUUUAAUCAAACAUAAUUUCAAGACCUUAAGUCGCACACAAAAUUGUCUUUAAUCAAAAAAAUUGACCCAUCCUUUGCUAAUCCAUGUGUAAAUGGUCGCUUCGUUUUUGUCGGAGUUUUACGUAAAUGUUUUUUGUAGUUAGUUAGUAAGUAAACCGAUCCUCGGAGCUGGUCACGCCCUGGAAAAUCGAAUAAGACCGAGGAGGCACGAGGUGAGGAAUGUUCAAGCACUAUCCCAUAGAUCCCGUGCCGAUCGUUGUAACAUAUACAAUACCAGAUGCAUAAGAGAAUGUAGACACCUAGCAUAGUUAUAUAUGGAUAUACAAAUGAUAUGUAUACAUAGUUCGGUAAUUUAUAUAGUUGUUUAAACCAAAAGCAAGUCCAAAAUAGACCAUAAUAAGGUAAAGAGAGGCAAGCCAGUUAAAGUAGUUUCGCAUUAUCAAGCUUAACUACGAUGAGAAGAGGCAUCAGCUAAAUAGCUUAGAUCUUUUGUAAGUGUUUUUGUAAGCAACCAGCAACUGAUGGCUCGAUCUGAAAUGUGUUGCCUGUUAAUCGAGCACAUUUUAUUUCCCCUUUUGAUUUACGGUCUUAGAUCUUGUCUAGAAUGGCUUUUAGUUUAAAUGUUAGCUGUAGAGAGCUACUUGAAAAGGUUUCCCAGCCUGUUGACUAACUACUUACUCUAUAACCGAUUCGCACAAGCUAACAUAUAUAUCUGAUCUAAUACAAAUACAAUCUGCAUUCCUAUUUUCACAAAAUAACAUAUGACGUAUUAUUUCAUUUCGAACAGCGCAUAUGUGUGUUUUUAUAAAUUUUAGCAAUAUUUGUAUUUAUUGAGUAACAUUUAAUUUAUAAGUAUUGAAUAAUAUCAUCUGUGUGUGUAUUUUGAUUGUGAACUUGUUUUAAUUUUAAUUUUUACUGUGAUACAAAAAAUAAUAACAUAAUAAUAAACAAGAAUUAAACAGUGGCAA